AAGCUGGAGCCUGGAGUUACUGCGAUAUGAUCUACGCCAAAGAGCGCACAGAGAAUAUACCUUUCUUAGAUUUAUCACGGUAUUAUAGCUAUAGAGUAUAGAUACUUAUUGUAGUGACACGUCUGUCGCUUAUUACUCGGCUGUCGUAUCUCAAAUCAGAUUUUUACCUCCCUACACACCGUAGGCUACUUCUAUGCAUGCGUGUUGUUUGGUUGAACGCGUGCUCGUGGUGUGUUUUGAAGCCAUAAGUCGCGUUAUCAACCUGCUACUCGGCUUCAGGAGCGCACAGACGUAUAAAGGAAUAUCGGAAAGUUUAAUUUCCUCCAGAAAACACCUUGAUAGAUUUAACAGAUAAAGGAUCUGCUGGAAAGCGUGCUGUGAGUGUAAACCCGGGUAGUUAAUCGAGACGCGUAAAAGUGAUACAGAAGUUGUACAUAUGCAGAAUAACAUUAAUCUCCGCACGUCCCGAAGGAUAUCAGCUCAGGUGUUCACGUCAAGUUUUCACGGAGUUUUGCAUCCCUCCAAGGACUUGCUUUGCUUGUGAUAAAGCCUCGCGUCCACCAGUUAGGCUACCCAUCAGGAGACUACUAUCAUUUCACAGUCUAUUAACAAAGUACAGGUUGAACAUGAGCAGGAAAACACGUCGCUGGAUUUUUCACAUUUUCCUCUGUUUGGGGAUUAUAUAUCUGAAGAUUGGGGGCUUUUCCUCCGUGGUUGCGUUGGGAGCAAGUGUUAUCUGUAACAAAAUUCCUGGUUUGGCCCCUCGUCAAAGGACUAUCUGUCAAAGCCGGCCUGACGCUAUCAUUGUCAUUGGAGAAGGAGCGCAAAUGGGAAUCAAUGAGUGUCAGUUUCAAUUCAAAAAUGGAAGGUGGAACUGCUCGGCCCUCGGGGAAAGAACUGUCUUUGGAAAAGAGUUGAAAGUGGGAAGUAAGGAAGCAGCCUUCACCUACGCCAUUAUCGCUGCCGGGGUCGCCCAUGCCAUCACAGCGGCCUGCACUCAGGGUACGCUGAGUGGCUGUGGUUGUGACAAGGAGAAGCAGGGCUUCUACAACCAAGAGGAGGGCUGGAAGUGGGGAGGAUGUUCAGCUGAUAUUCGCUAUGGUCUGAGCUUCUCAAAGGUGUUUAUAGAUGCACGGGAGAUCAGGCAGAAUGCCAGGACACUCAUGAACCUUCAUAACAAUGAAGUGGGACGCAAGGUCUUGGAGAAGAGCAUGCGUUUAGAGUGUAAAUGUCACGGUGUAUCUGGAUCCUGCACCACCAAGACUUGCUGGACCACUCUCCCAAAGUUCCGGCAGUUGGGUUACAUCCUCAAGGAGAAGUAUAACCACGCCGUACAUGUGGAACCGGUCCGAGCCAGUCGGAACAAGAGACCUACAUUUCUGAAGGUUAAAAAGCCUUACUCGUACCGGAAGCCCAUGGACACGGAUUUGGUGUACAUCGAGAAGUCGCCCAACUAUUGCGAGGCAGAUUCCAUGACGGGUAGCAUGGGAACCCAGGGCAGGAUCUGCAACAAGACUGCACAGCAGGCCAAUGGCUGCGACCUCAUGUGCUGCGGCCGAGGAUAUAACACACACCAGUACUCACGCGUGUGGCAGUGCAACUGCAAGUUUCUUUGGUGUUGCUACGUCAAGUGCAACACCUGUAGUGAACGGACAGAAGUGUACACGUGCAAGUGAAAUAUUUUUUGCUGGGGAAUUGAUACACACCUGUGACUAGUGCGGUAGAGGGUCUACAAGUGACACAACCGGAUGGCCACUGCUAUGGGUUCCAGGUAUUGAGAGGAAAGAGCAAUUUGCACUGGAAAUCGUGGGUCUGGUGGAGUCUAGACGGAGUAAUUGUAUGCAAUGCAUGCAGCUUUGCUCCAGAGUUCUGAUGAGGGCUUCGGUGUUGGUACCUGUAGACACCUUUCUGUUCCAGUACUGAGCAACAGAGCGAAGUAGCCUGCAAAGGCUUGAUCUGUAGACCGUGAGAAAGAUGUGGGGUGUGAUUAUUGAGGGCGUUCUGCUCAGUAGACAGCACAGAAGGUAUUUCUGAGGAACUUUUUUGGCCUGAGUGAUUGAUAUAACAAAUCUUACAACAUAAAAAACUGUAAAUGGACACAACAGUGAUAUUUAGCUUUUUAUUUAGAGAAAAUGGCUAAUGUUAAUUUAUUUAAUAAGGAAACUACUGAUUUUUCUCAUUGUGUUUACUAACUUGGAUUUAGCUCUUCUCCUGUUUAAUAUUGUGUGCUUUGGAUAGAAAUAAACUGACCAACUUUUACACUGUACAUCAUGUGCUUUAGCUUAGGGAUGAACCAACGACAAUGCACAAUACAAAAAAAGUGCACUGCACUCAAGGUGUAAUUACAAGUCUCUGAAAGAGGAGACUCUACUGUCUUUAAUGUAUCAUUGUAAGGCUUUUUGCUUCUAUUUUCCCAUCUCCUUAAGUGUCAACCCUUGCACAUAUAUUCCUAUGUACAAUUACACACUGGAAUUGGGCAUCGUGUUUGAAGGCUCAUUCCUUCCAAAGUGAAUAACUCUGUUUUUAACAUUGGUCCACAAGAACAUUUGUCUUAAAAUUGGAAUAGUCCAAUUAAAAUAAGCGAAUUUAAAUGGGAUCUAAAUUCUACCCACUUAAACUUUGAGACCUCAUUUGACACAAAGCUUUAUGCUAAUGAGGCCACAAGCUUCCCUCGCUUUUGGCUAAUAUUUGCUCUGUUAGAAAGAGAAAGAGAGAGAAUCAGUAAUUAAUUCACUUUUCGAAUGGAAUAGCCUCAAUACAGAUGCCCCACCUGCUACUGAUGUGGAAUGUUGAGAUCAGAUAACCAGUUCUAUUAAUGUUAUAUAUUAUAGGUAAUAUAACACUUUUUGCUGCUAGUUUUGUUUUGUUCUGCAACUGUAGUUAGUACUAGUAGUAUUUUGUGUGUUGUGACCAAAUGUGGUUGUCCAGACAGAUUGUCCCUGUGUUGAUAUAUAUUUUGUAAGAGAUUAUUUUUAUAUUUUAUUUAUUUUGUGUAAAGGAAAAACCCACUACCGAUGUCCUUUAGAUGGACAGAAAUUAGAGAGAUAAGCUAGAAACAGUGUGAUUGUGUCACGGUACCAGCUUGAGCAGUUUAUUGUAAUCUACAUCUCAAUGAAGUAUCACUCAUGGUGAUGUAGUUGCCAAGUACGUAAUAAUGAAAAAAAAAGACUGCAUAUAACAAUACGAUCAUACUGGCGUUCGAACAUGAAAACUUUCAAACGUAGCAUUUUCAUGACAAAGGUCCUGGAUGUGGGAUCAGUAAGGGAAACUGUUAUUAAAUAAUCCUGGGGCAAAACUCUCUGGUACUGACAAAAAUUCAUGACUGAGGGUUUUUACCAAAGAACAUCUGAAUUUGAGCUUGGCUUUUUGUCAAGAGCUUAAGAGCUGGAUGGCAUUGAUGUAAUAAUUAUUUUACAAGAAUCUGUGAUUUCAACAGAUGUUUUGCCAAAUUAAUUGUACUUCAUUAUUGUGUCAUCAUGUGUCCAACAGUGUUAAUAAAUAUUUCCUUGGC